GGAACCAUUUAAGACCAUGCCCAACCGCUUCAGAAACCCCCAAUCCGACCGCCAUGUCUUCUCAAAAAAAGAAAAGUCCGGCCGCCAUGGAAUCGCUACGUCUGAACCUGUUCACAGUGGUUGGCGAGUGUGUGAGGAUUCUCAAAGCAGAGUAUAUAUAUCUGUUCUAUCUCUCUUUUCUCUAUCUGCUCCCUAAAUCCUUCUCCUCUAUAGCCUAUCCGACCCGUCAAAAUCUCUUAAAGGCCGAGCAUCCGUUUCCGAACAAGUUCCAAUCUGAGACUCUCUUAGCCCUUGCUUUCUCAUCCCUUAGCUUCAUCUUCUCCUACUCGGGAUUCAUCCACUACAGUUUGGGUCUCUGGUCAAUCACAUACGCAGUAUAUUAUGGCCGACCAGUUAAACUAAUCUCGGCUCUCUUUAAAUCUGCAUUUGUCUCAUUCCUUCCUCUCCUCGGUAUGGUCAUAAUUUCUAUUCCGAACAUGGUUACGUUGUUUAAUCUUGUUCAUUUGGGGCAAAAUUUAUUUAAGGUAAUUAGAGGGAGUGAGGAGAGUAAGCUGGAUAUUUUAGAUAUUGUUAUAUUGCUGGGUAGUGUACAUCUUCACUUGGAGUGGAACCUUGCAUCGUCAAUUGUUGUGAUAGAAUCGCGUGGGCUGGUAGAGUCUAUGAGAAAAAGCAGCUCUUUGAUGAAGGGAAACAAAAUGUUGGGUUUGAUGAUGCUUUUGAUUUUUGGGACUCCUGCCCUGAUUUUAGGGUUGUUCAGUGAUUGGAUUCUACAAGUCCAGUUGAGUUUAACAGGGGAUCUGAGCCAUGGUGGAUGGUGGAGGAUGGUGACUUCUGAAUUUGUGGUACAAAUUGUGAUAGUUUCAGUCCUUUUCACGCUCGUUUUGUUGUUCAACACCGUAAGCAAUAUCGUUUUGUAUCUCUAUUGCAUCAAGGCAGAACGGCCCACUCACUGAAUGAGGUCAGUCACCGGUCUGUGAUAGUUGUGAUUAUAAUUUUGAAUUGUUUGAACUAAUUGUUGUUGUAUUUCCCUAAUAGUGUCUGCUUUUAUAUUAUGAGUAAAGAUUGUCUAUCUGCAUUCAGUUGAAGUAAAAAGUGAAAAUGUUAAAUUGUUGUUUUCA